UAAGAUGAAUUUGGUUGGGAAGUUGUUUAGCGACGAUUAGAGAGGGAGUAGUUGGAAUAGGCACCAUAUUUAAUAAGAUUAAAUGAUAGAAAGAGACACGUGGCGGGAACUUAUUAGUAGGUGUACUGAAUUAGAUUAUGUGAGCGGCGUAGAGGAGUGAUAUGCUCGUCUCCGAGCGAAAGCAAUUGUUUGUUUUGUUUAUCGAUUUCGAUCUGAGGAAAGAGAGAAAAAAAGUGGGGAGAAGAAUCAAAGAUGGGAGAUUCGAGUUCAUUUGUGGAUGGAAUCAAGGGGUUCUGGGAGGAGAGGUUGUCGUUCCUGGAGAAUUACACGAGGUUCACCAAACGCGAUACGCCUCUUCCUUCUUGGUCUUCCUCCGACGUUGAAGAGUUUAUAGCUUCCGAUCCCCUUCAUGGACCCACCCUGAAAACUGCUAGGGAAGCUGCUACUUUUGGUGUUACCGGAGCUGCUCUUGGAGCUGUUUCUACUGCCGCUUUUGCCUGGAAAUACUCGAGGAGUCCACAUGGUACUGCAUUGUCCUUCUUAGGAGGAGGUGUUUUCGGUUGGACCUUUGGGCAAGAAGUCGCCAACCACACCUUGCAACUCUAUAAGUUGGACACAAUGGCGGCUCAAGUUACGUUCAUGGAAUGGUGGGAGCGCAAGUCUCAAUGAAGGUUUUGAAUCCAAAAUAACAAAGACGCUUGCUAUCUUGCAAACAGCUUGAAAUGCAAUAAUAGUUAAAUCCAUUUCCAGACUUUAUCUUUUCAACCUUUUUUUUAUUACGUUCUCAAUCUUGGAACAUGUUUUGUUUUCCUUUGUCUCAAUAAUACAACACGCCCCAAGAGUGUUUUGAAAAUUUGCGGAACUGAAUUUGAAAGAAACCCAGUAAUGUAUUGGUCUCAAAAUAUUGGGACUUGAAGAUUAAUAAAUAAAUAGACUUUUGAAGCUUA